AUGAUGGGCGUAGAAUCUGUCAGGUCCUCUCAGGAGGCUAACAGCACGUUACUGCUUGGUAUAGGUGAUACUGCAAAGAUCACUAGUAAUGAAAUAAAAGAAGCUUUAGAGAAGGGCAAUACCAACAGUAAGGUUGAAGCCCUUAAGCAACUUAUUCGUCUUCAUGUCAAUGGUGAGCCUCAAAACUCCAUGAUUAUGACCGUCAUUAAGUACGCGGUUCCGGUUGAUGAUCACCUGAUUAAGAAGCUUGUUUUGUACUUUUGGGAAGUCAUUGACAAGAAAGAUAAAGAUGGGAAUCUCCUUAGCGUUAUUAUACUGAUAUGCUCCUUUUUGCGUAACGACCUGCAGCACCCGAAUGAGUAUGUGCGGGGGCUGACUUUGCGCUUUUUAUGUAAGAUUGAGGAUCAGGACCUUGUGGAGCCAUUGAUUUCAGCUGUGAUUACGAAUUUGACCCAUCGUGUGGCCUACGUUCGCCGUAACGCAGUGCUAGCAGUUCACGCCAUCUUUAAGAAGUUUCCAGAUUUGCUACCAGAUGCACCAGACUUGAUUGAGGCUUUUAUUGCCACUGAAAUCGACGUAACCGCGCGACGAAAUGCUUUUGACAUGCUCGCUGCAUUCGGGCCCGAGCAAGCCUCUCGUUUCUUAAUUGAGUUCAAGGACUCUAAUAAUAUGGCCGAAGCGGGCAGUUGCUUCCUAAUGUCUGUGGUUGAUUUUUGUGGUCAAAUGAUACGGCAAAAUCCAUAUGACAGGGCCAAGUACGUCUCUAUUCUAUUUUCUGUGUUGCAGGACAAAGCUCCUGCGGUGCGCUUUCAGUGUGCAACGACUUUACUUAAUCUUUCCGCUUCUCCUACUGCAAUUCGGCAGGCCACACAGACCUAUAUCGACAUACUAAAGUCCCAUUCCGAUAACAGCGUCCGCUUGAUCGUGGUUCAGCGGCUUGAGUUAAUGCGCGACCGCUUCCUGGAGGGACUUCAAGACACCCUUAUGGAUCUUCUGAGCGCUUUGCAGGAUAGUUUGAUGCCUGUACGUAGACGUAUUAUUAACCUUGCGGUCGGACUUGUAACAAACAAAAAUAUCGAUGUUUUCGUUCAAGUCAUGAAGAAAGAAUUAAUGUGUACGCAAAAUGAAUCGAAUAUGCUAAAGUCCGUCGUUGACCUUGACUAUAGGCAGCUGAUUAUCAAGUCUAUAGGAACUGCCCUGCUACAGUGCCCAAAGGCGACCGGUAGUAUUCUCCCUGUAUUAUUUUAUUUUGUCAGUGAUAACAGCUCUGCCGCUGGAGAGGUUGUAAAUCUCAUCAAACUGAUGCUUCAUGAACAUACAGAGAUGCGAGCUUCGACAAUAGAAAGGCUUAUUGAAGUAUUUCCUUCGAUUACUUUGUCCACUGUGGCACGGGCCGUAUUGUUGCUCCUCAGCAAUUAUGUUGAGAGCCAAUCUGAGGUUAUGAAGGUGCUAAAUCUUAUAAUGAAUGAAAUGGGCUCAUUUCCUUUAAUCCCACCUAAAGCAACAACACUGAUAGGGAACACGAUUGGGAAUUCAAACAACAGCAACCAUGCCGCAAAUGCCUCCGUUAAAGUUCAGGCCGUCACAACAGUCCGUGAGGACGGCACCUACAUGACGGUGUUCACUACCACCCCAGUCAAUACUGGGUCUGUUUGUAACGGCACGGACAUUGACGAACAAGACGAGUCAACAAAACUCCGGAGCUUCAUUGUGCAUGGUGAUUAUUCUAUCGCUUCGACACUUGCUGAUGUGCUACCGAAGCUUGUCACUCAGCUCUUCUGCAAAUUUUCAGAGGAAACGAGCGCUAAUCAAGAAAUGCAAUCAAAUGCAAUCGACUUGCUCAACGAGAUUCUACGUUACGGCAGCGAUGAGGGCGCUCCAAAUUCCAUGGAAAACGACUGUCAGGAACGCUUACGUCUUUCAUUACUGCUACUGGCCGACCCUCGGGCUGACUUUUGGGUAGAGAUCCUCCAGGAAUCUAAAGAGAACCUGGCCAAGCCGCAUCACGAACACCAAAAGCUUAAGGGCAACCAAAAACAGUACGGUGGGAGUGAUAAUUUCAACCAUAAGGAGGAUUUACCACUGUGUACCAUAGGCGCACCCUUGAUUUUCACACAAAUUACAGAAGGAGGCAACGGUGGGAAAGAUGCGAUGUGUGAGAUGGAGGCAGCUGAUGGUGUCGUGCCAGAAUCCAAUGACGUCACAAGCCUAGGAUGGGAUGACAAUGAAAACGAACUCAGUAGUAAGUCUUUUCUGCGGCAGAUCGAAGAAACUAUUCCCCUUUCUGGCUUCUGUGAUCCCAUCUACUGUGAGGCUAGUGUUGAAGUGCACCAGCUUGAUAUUAUGGUUAACUGGUUGCUUGUGAACCGCUGCGACCAAGUCCUAAGUAAUGUGACCAUUGAGCUUACUUCUCUCGGUGGGAUGAGGCUGGUGGAAAGACCACAGAGCUUCGUCCUUGCACCAUACGGCACGCUCCAGACGCGCACCGCGUUGAAAGUAGGAGCCGCCGAGUCGGGGAUUCUUUAUGGCAACAUCUUCUUCGAUAGUCCUCAACAGCAGAAUGGCUGUAUCAUUUUGAAUGAUAUCCACAUCAACAUGAUGAAUUAUGUCAAACCGGCAUAUUGCCCAUUAUCAGAGUUUCGUUCUAAAUGGGGUGUUUUUGAUUGGGAAAACAAAGUUGAGGUUGUAACCAACAAGCGUCAGAUACGCGAUUAUAUUGACUUCAUAGUAAAAGAACUUAACAUGCAGCUUCUAGAUGAUAGUCUGGAGGAGUUUAAGGAAGAAGAACAAAUGACGUCAUCUUCGUUAGAAGGUGAUGUGAAAUCUCAUGAGUAUGUGUCCUGUAACUUGUACGCCCGGACUAUUUUUGAUGAGGACGCAUUGGUUAACGUCAGUAUUGAGCACGAACUAAACGGUGUGAUCAGCGGAGUUGUGCGCGUUCGAUCGAACGUCAAGGCAGUAGCCUUUGGCAUCGGUGAAAAGCUAAAUACUCUUCAAAGAACUAGUGGCUAA